AUGUCGCAGUAACAGAAGUAUAAUAACAAUAGUAUUAUUCAUUAAGUAUUUUCUCAUUCAGAACAGGUGGACAAUUUCGCAUUCCCUGGCAGUUUUCUGGCGAUUUUGAAGAAGUUUGCCGGAUUCAUUGCCGCCAUUGUUGUGGGUUUCCUGUUUCUGCUCAUCAUGCCCAUUGUCGGCUGCUGUUUCUGCUGCUGUCGCCUGUGCGGAAAUUGUGGCGGGAAACGACAACAGAAAGAGACAGACAACAUGCACUGCAUGCGCAGGAUAUUCUCGGUCGUAAUGUUCGGAUGCACAGUGUUCGUUCUGGUUGGUAACAUCUGCACGUACGUGUCGAACGAUCGCAUGACGACAGCCUUCGACAAGAUAGACGAGAUCGUGGAAAACAACCUGGACGAUAUUGACACCUUCGUGGACCUCGUUCAACAGCAAGUUCAGACAAUUGGACAGAUUAAUCUGAACAGAACACGGGACGCUAUACUAAGUCACAUGGACGCCACAAAUAUGUCGGAGUCCAUGAGCGCGUUUGUUCUUAACAAACUUUCUGGCGGACAAAUAGAUGCAAUGGCGGCACACAUAGACGACAUCACUGGGGCAUUAAGCGAAUUCCAGAACGAACUUACAAGGCUAGAGCAAGCUUGGCCAGGUCCAGCUACAAACCCAGUUACACCGAUCCUUGGUCAAUUUCCCAACAAUGAUAUAACUACGUUCAAGGCCAACAGCCCAAUAAAACAGGUUAAGUCAGACCUCAAAGCCAAAAUUGAAGCUGCAGUAACGGUCCCCAUAACAGGUGCUGCGACGGAUAUGAAGGUUGCCUUUACUGAAAUGGCGGUACAAACUAAAGACAUGGUCGACAACAUUCAAAAAUUCAAAGACGAAACGAAGGGUACUUUAAAUAUCGCCUCAAUGAAAUCACAAGUAAAAGAUUACACAAAAACAGCACGGACCUACGACGCUUACAGGAAGAUCGGGGGCCUGGUUCUGAGCGCCAUGACGACCCUCAUCGUGAUCUUUAUGACCUUGGGUGUGGCAUUCGGCUUCCUGGGGCAGGGAAUGAGCACCGUGCCUACCGAGAGAGGUUGCGUGUCGAACUCCGGUGGAAACCUUCUCAUGGCGGGUGUAGCGUUUAUCUUCAUUUUCUCCUGGCCAUUGAUGCUGCUGACGACAUUUAGUUUCAUCAUCGGAGCGCCGAUUGAGCGGUUUGUUUGUCAGCCGCUGGCCGAUCCAGAACUGAAACUGAUAAAGACGAUGGAGGACAAAUUCUUCAGCGAUGCACAGGCCACUCUCGGUGCCCCUGUUUCUAGUGUUUUAAGGGGAUGUCGAGAUGGAGAGAGCGCAUACACUGCCUUUAACUUGGCUACUAGGUUCAACAUCACCACUAUUGAAGCAAAACUAGCAGAGCAGAAAACGAAAAUCGCCGACCAAAUGCAGAACACGAUUAACAGUGUUGCAACCACGGCACAACAUGUCGGCCAUUUUGAAAAUCAGGUUACAGGGUUCACUCAAUUAACUUCUGCGUUCACCACAGUAACGACCAUAGACCUGGCACCUUUGGAAGCUACAGCUCGUUCAUUUCCAGUUCUGGACAUUAGUCCCCUAAUUCAAGCACAGAACAAAAUUAAAGGCUUGAGCACCAACUUCCAGAAAUGGGAAAACGACUUCAUGAGCGGAAUGCGAAACGCUAGCCGGGAUAUUUUGGUUGGCGGUACACUGGAUACGUUAGUUACUGGUUUCAAAGAAAGGAUCGUCAAAAUUGCGGAUACUUAUGUGACUUCUACAAAAUCAAGCGUUCUGAACGACGUUGGCAAGUGUACCCCAGUAUGGAACCUGUACCAUUCCAUCGUAGUUGUGGCGCUCUGUCAGUACACCAUCGACUCGUUCAACGGGUUUUGGUUCUCGAUCGGCUGGUGCCUGUUCUUCUUCAUACCCAGCCUCGUGUUCGGAGUGAAGCUGGCCAAGCACUUCCGCCGGAUGGAGAUGCCAGAUGACGUGGAGGGAGACCUGCACAUGGAUCAUUUGGGGAACAACAAGGUUUCUCCGGCGCCUGGCCAUAUUGGACACCAGCAGUAACACGCCCGCUGAAACAGCUACAUACGAAGAACGCCGUGGCCAAUUUAUUUUAUAGAUUUUACCUUUGGGACUGUUAAUAUUGAUAACAAAGUUGUGCAUUAUACAUAUUAACACAAUCAGGAUAUCAUUAAGGUUAGUUUUAUUAUUUUGAGGACGUAAUGAAAUGCACGUGUAAAAGUGCGUGCUGUUAGAAUAUUUCGAUGCUAGUAACCACUUUGCGCAAGCUGAAGAUUUACAAACAACUGAACAGAAUUAUACAUGCAUGUUUCGACAAAAAUCUGUAUUAUUCCAAACUUAAACAUUUUGAAGUACACUUUAUUUGUACAGGAUAACAAAAGCGAUGAAUAAUUUUAAAUUAAUUUUCACUUAAUGUCUCUAAUGUGUGUGCGUGUGUGUGUGUUGCCUAUUAUUGCUAAUGUCUUGAAUAUUGAUUUAUUAAUCCGAUCAUUACUUGGAGUAUACGUGUACAUUUUGUUUCGCUUGUGUUUGCGUGUCAUGUUGCUGGUUUGUUUAACCAUAGUGCUGUCUGAAUUUCUGCUGUUAUAUCACUAUUACUUGUUCACAUAUUUGAAAUAAGGUUAGUUUUUAAGGAAAUGCCAUAGAUGCAAAACAGGUAUCAUUAUAUUCAAACAAGUGCAUUUACACUCAAUGCUUACACUUUAAAAUGUCGAUUUAUUACGCUUUAUAGAUCUUUAUAUAGAUGUAUGACCAAUCGAGUAUAGAUUGUAUACCACGAUAAAACGUUUGUUACCAAUUUUAUCGACCAUUUACAAAAUACAUUUAUUAAUAGUAUAAUGUUUAGAAGUGGUCUCGUGGUAUUUUACUGGGGCUAUGCCUAACCCAAGGUCGCAGGUUCGAUCACUCCCUAAAGCCUAACGUACUAAAUCCCUUUCGUAUGAGACGUUAAACAUAGGUGCAGUGUUAUACGCGCUCCAUGUCUGGCACACUUUAACCCAUUUAUGCAUAGCGUCUAGAAAAAAGGCCUUGGCAAACAGCGUAGACCCAGAUGAGACGCCGCAUGAUGCCAAUUAAGGAUAGGAGAGUCCACUAGGCAUAAAUGGGUUACAAACUUACGAUCGUCUCCUGAGCGUCUCAUGUAUUAGUAAUAUCGCCCGUAACCAGACCAACAUAUCUUUUGAGGUCGAUGGCUAUUUGUCAGAACCCAGUGCACCAGCUACAAAUAAACUGCAAUCGGGUCUGAAUAUCCUUGAGGUAGCGGGUAAAGAUUGGCUUCCAAAGGCCCCGGAAUCAAACUCAAUUGAAGGCAUUUUUAUGCAACUGUUUUUAUGCAUGUAUAUUACAUCUUUUUCAUUUUUACAAGAGUUAUAUUUUUAUAUUUUUUGGUCAGUAAGUAUAUCAAAUGGCAUAUUUCUUAAGUACAAAAAAUAUGUGAACAAGUCCAUAUACACUAUUUCUGCAUCCCUUAACUGCUGAUUUGUUCCGUCCAUUUAUAUUAUAGCAAAUAAAUCAACGAAAAAGA